GCAAAGCCCGGAUACGGGUUCCAGUACAAGGUGCUCAAUGUGUCCACUGGUAGUCUCAACGGUUUCCGUAUCCGCGUUAACCCCCAAACGGACACUGUGAGACACUCGGUACUCAGACGCUGGUUUGCUGUCACCUCAUCUGCAGAUUUGGAAAUGGAGGGUGAGUUCGCUUCACCAUUUGGAGGUCCGAUAGUGGUCGAGAUUCCUGGGCCCGCGAACAUUACCAUCCACUUCAAGAACGUUUACCGCUACCCGUGGUUUGAUAUUCGGAAUCCGGAGUCAAGGAACAACUGGGAUGUUGAGCGUCGUAAAUAUCAUGGCGUUCCCUUUGUGAUGAUAGUCGGUAAUAACAUGAUCAGCAUGAUCGAAACAUCAAUGGCAACGAGGACCAGCAAGGAGGAUAUGAUAUACUGCAUCAACCACUAUGACAAUAUGGUCAAGCUAAUGCACAAUUACCGUGGUACAGACUAUGCAACCGAUCGGCUGCAGGUAUUUGUGACCGAUGAACAAAUCUCGGCUGGUGAUGGUCAUUCGGGCUACCCGUGGAUGGGUCACAAGUAUUGGGGAAACGCUCUUGUAUCGAAGCAAGGCAUACAACAAGGGAAACAAAUUGGGAUCCCACACGAAGUUGGUCACAAUCUGCAAGUCGAUCGGAUCACAUUUAUGCAUGGUGGUGAAGUGACUAAUAACAUGUACAUCCCAGUGAUGUACAAGUAUCUGGUUGGGCUUGAUUCCUACGCCAAGGGAUUCCAACCAGGCUGGACUGAAGGGGAUGAGAAUGAUCUGUUAGCCACUUGGCGUGGCACCGAGUACAGAGGUGUGCAAGUGAGUUACUACAAUUACUUCCACAGAUACUUCACCGCGGCUCUCGUUGGUAAUGUGAUCAGCAGCGCAGUCCACUCGAACGAGGCCUUCAACACUGAGGAGAGGAAGGUAAACUUUUGGAUGAAGCAAAUCUGCAACGAGUCUGGAUACGAUCUGGUUCCAUUCAAUCGUUUGUGGAAGCUCCCCAUCACCAACGAAACAGCGCAGUUUUGUGCUCAAUUUCCAUGUUUCUUCCCUGACGACGAGCUCACGCAAAAAGUACCCGAAUUGGUGGAACAACUGCUGAAGGAGUAUGGUAAGGAUUGCUCUCGUGAGAAGCCGAGGGAGGUACAAUUCAAGCGGGAUAUCUUGCGUGGUACUAACUCGUUGGAUCCACAGAUGAUUUUCUUGCAUGAAGAAGGUUGUGCUUCAUAGACCCUCACGAGAACUGCCGAGACCAGAUGUGCCCACCGUGAUUUCACCGUUUGCAGUGGUUUAAUGUGUUCACCUAUUUGUAUUUUGCUAAAUAAAUCUUGGUUCUUUGGGAAUUUUUCA